ACAUGCAACAGUGGCCGGCCAACUUACAAUAAUAAUUGGUUUGCAGCAGCCUUAGAAACAACGACAGUAACUGCAUACCCAUCUUUUGCUUCACUAUUUGUUUCCUUGUCAAUACAAAAAGGCUUUGAGUCACUCAAACUAGAAGUAACAACCUACGACCAAUCAAUCUAAUUAACAAAAGGAUUAAUUAUGAGUGUCUGUCUGUAUGGUCAAAAACAGUGUUUACGUAUAUAAACAAUAGUAUACCGAACACUCCACACUUCAUCCUAUAUAAACACAACAAGGUCUAACUUUGUUUAUUGGAAAAGUUAUGAUGGAUUUUGAGUAUGAGAAGAUGUCAUUGGGCAAAAUUCUUUCAAGGAGAUCCUCUCUGGGGUGCUCCUCUCGUAACUCUUACUAUAGGAGUGGGGAAGGGGUUCCAUUCAAGUGGGAAAUGCAACCAGGGGUUGCAAAGGAACGACCAAAAGAUGAUCUUCCUCCGCUGAGUCCCCCACCAGCACUUCUCAGCCUGGGGCUACCCAAACCAUGCGUUCCAGACUCCAAAUCUUCAUCACCGUCAAGGCUAAGGUUUUGGAAGAAAAGGGUUAAGCAGGGAAAAAGCAAAAUGUCAUCCCAAGAUUGUUUCCACGAAGAAGAUGUUAUCGGUUUGGACAUGUUUGCAAGAUUCGAUUGCAGCUCCGAUUCUGAGUCUGUGGCAUCCUCGCGUGGCUCGAGUUUCUCUUCUUGGUCGUCUGUGUCAUUCGUGAAGAGUCCUACUACGACUAAUAUGAAAGAAGUGUAUGGAAAGCCUUUGAGCUUUGGUUGCUUCCCCAUGCAUGUUAGCAGAGUUUUUGUUUCUGUUGCAAGGCGUGAUUGAAAUGUGUAACACUGUGUAUAUGGAGUUAGUUCUGCUAAUUCUGUUUACUUUAGCAUGGUA